GCGGCCUGGGGAGGCGGCGGCCUGGCUCGGCCUGGCGUGGCCUGUCAGGGCGCGGGCGGCGGCGGCUCCAGCACCAUGUCCCUGCAGUACGGGGCGGAGGAGACGCCCCUCGCCGGCAGUUACGGCCCGGCGGACUCGUUCCCAAAGGACUUCGGCUACGGCGUGGAGGAGGAAGAAGAGGAGGCGGCAGCGGCGGGCGGCGGGGUUGGGGCGGGGGCCGGCGGAGGCUGUGGCCCGGGGGGCGCUGACAGCUCCAAGCCUAGGAUUCUGCUCAUGGGGCUCAGGCGCAGCGGCAAGUCCUCCAUCCAGAAGGUGGUGUUUCAUAAAAUGUCACCCAACGAGACCCUCUUUUUGGAAAGUACCAACAAGAUUUACAAAGAUGACAUUUCAAAUAGCUCCUUUGUGAAUUUCCAAAUAUGGGAUUUUCCUGGGCAAAUGGACUUUUUCGACCCUACUUUUGACUACGAGAUGAUCUUCAGGGGAACAGGAGCUUUGAUAUAUGUCAUUGAUGCACAGGAUGACUACAUGGAGGCUUUAACAAGACUUCACAUUACUGUUUCUAAAGCCUACAAAGUUAACCCAGACAUGAAUUUUGAGGUUUUUAUUCACAAAGUUGAUGGUCUGUCUGAUGAUCACAAAAUAGAAACACAGAGGGACAUUCAUCAAAGGGCCAAUGAUGACCUUGCAGAUGCUGGGCUAGAAAAACUCCACCUUAGCUUUUAUUUGACUAGUAUCUAUGACCAUUCAAUAUUUGAAGCCUUUAGUAAGGUGGUGCAGAAACUUAUCCCACAACUACCGACCUUGGAAAAUCUAUUAAAUAUCUUUAUAUCAAAUUCAGGUAUUGAAAAAGCUUUUCUCUUCGAUGUUGUCAGCAAAAUCUACAUUGCAACAGACAGUUCUCCUGUGGAUAUGCAGUCGUAUGAACUUUGCUGUGACAUGAUUGAUGUUGUAAUUGAUGUGUCUUGUAUAUAUGGGUUAAAGGAAGAUGGAAGUGGAAGUGCUUACGACAAAGAAUCUAUGGCCAUCAUCAAGCUGAAUAACACAACGGUCCUGUAUUUAAAGGAGGUGACUAAAUUUUUGGCACUGGUCUGCAUCCUUAGGGAAGAGAGUUUUGAACGAAAAGGUUUAAUAGACUACAACUUCCAUUGUUUCCGAAAAGCUAUUCAUGAGGUUUUUGAGGUGGGUGUGACUUCUCACAGGAGCUGUGGUCACCAGACCAGUGCCCCCAGCCUGAAAGCGUUGACACACAACGGCACGCCGCGAAAUGCCAUCUAGCCUGAAUGCCGGUGGUCGGGGUCUGUGCCAGCUUAUUCUUCACUCCAGGGUCAGAUGCCAUGUGCUACAGGACAUGGAAGUUGCCGCUUGUGGGAGUCUGGUGCCUGUUGCACUAGAGACAAGGGGUAGAGUUUCUCAUUUGGAUGAAAACCCCUUCAACCAGUGGUGUGCAACUGAAGCUACUAUUUCUUUUUUUUAAAAAAAUGGCAAAAAAGAAUUCUAUAGACCACAGACCUCAAGUGUCUUUCUCCUCUUGGGGGUCCUACUUUAAGUAGUUGGGAUAUUUUGGACCUGGAGAUAACAUCACUUACGCAUCCUUACCAGAGAAUGUUGCUGUCAAUUACCAGUUGAAAAUAAUAGAAAGAACUGAGUUUUUAUAUGCUUCGCUUAGAUUUUCAUUUGAGUAGUCUCUGAAAAUCCUGCCUUGCUUAAAUUCUAACACUGCCUCUCAGAUUUCAAUUUUGGACCUUGCACACCUCAGACCUUCUAAAUGCAUUUGCUUGCUAACUCAGAAGACACAUGGUCUGACUGCAGCAAAGGACAUUCCUGUAUUUGUUUCUGAGGAAAUGAGAAAAUUUUAUGCUGCAUCAAGUCGAGAGCAAGGCUCAACAGUGGCCGCUGCAUUAGUUCCCUUGGAAGUGUUGAAGAACAAACUUUAAAACAGAAGAAAAUUUUUGCACCUGUGUUUUGGGUACCAGACAUCUGGGUUCUUGCUCCCACGUUAGAUAAAUGAUUCUGAUCACUGUAACAAAGGGAAUUUAAAAAAAAUUUGUUUUCCCCGCAAUCUCCUCCUCUUAGGAGGGAAAUGCAUUGUCACUGAAUUACGUAGCUCACUUUUCUUUAAACUUGAUACCAGCCCCCACAUUCCUUUUAUUCUAAGCUAUCGUGAUCCUUUAAGAAUUGCUGUUUUGUUGAUCCUGAAUGACCCUAAGGCGCUGGUGGACUGCCCACUGGGACUUGAAGAGAGCACACGGCACCACGGCGUGUCGUUAAACAUACUUCGUCUUCAGUAUUCUGACGCCAGGUGUCAACUGUGGUACUUUCUUCACCUAGGAUAUUAAUUCAUAAUUGUUUCUUUUUGUUGAAGGUUGAUACCCUUUUCCAUUGACUUAAACUUACACGUUAUUUUUACUCCACAUGCCCAGUAGUCAUAUAUUCCAAAGCCACUGGACCACUUGAGUACAUAAGUGCCACUGUUUAAUGAAAUAUGUAUAUUCAGGUCUGUAAACCUAACCGUGUGACUUGGAGUGCUUCCUGCAGACGAUUCUGACUGUUGAGUAUUUACAUGGACCAUGGUGAUAUCCAAAAAAAAAAAAAAAUGCUUUUAUAUUUAUAGAUUAUUUCAUUGAACUAUAUAAAAUGGGUAUCAAUAAAUGUAUUUACUCCAGAAUAA